GCCCGCCUCUCGAGGUGGCUUCGGGAGUCCUGAGGCCCGGCUGGGGGAGCUGCACCUGGAGCUCACGAACACCGCGCGUUUCAUGUAAAACGAGCGAAAGACGACUCCGAGGUGGGGGGCGGACGGGCUGGGCACCUGGGAGCCAAGGAUGCACAUGGCAGUGGGUUCCCUGGGCCUUCGUUUUGUCUCCUACAUCGUGGGCUGGGUGCUGGAGAAGCACUAUGAGGGGCGUAGACCAGAGUCUCAAGAAAAGCCUGCGGGGCUUUCUGUAGCCAAACCCUGGGAAAAGGGCAAUCCCAGGAGACAUCAAGGUCUUAGACCAUGGUUGGCCUACUCAAGCCAAACGUGGUUCUACCCCCACCUGUGAGCAAAGACCAACUGGGCAUCCCAGGGCCCCACUGUUGCCCAGCUGGAGUGAGGCGCCCCUCCCCAUGCCCCGCCCUGGGUGGGGGUCCCGGGCUUCUGCAUUUGCCCAAAGGUUCUGCAUUUGCCCAAAGGUCCCCACUCAGAGGUAGCAAAGUGCCCUUCCCGGUCACCUGGGGACCCUGAGGUCCCUAUCCACCCAGCCGUCAGGCGUCACCUGUCUCCCCGACCCUGGGCUGAUGAGGUUAGGCGGAGAACUCGGACCUUCACCCCUGCCUGGCGUUGAUGUCACAGGAGCUCCGCCAGAACAGGAGAGCUAAAUAGGAUCCAGAGUCUCGGGACACCCAGAUGUCCAACAAACAGAGCUGUACGGCACACCAAGAACCACAGGAAAAAGUCUGAUUUAAAAAAAAAAAAAAAAGGAUGCUAACAGCAAGACGGUGCAGAGACUGGACGUACCCAACAAGGACUCUAAAGAAUCAUAAAAAUCCUCCAACAAGCAGCUAUGAAUAGACUUGAAACAAAGAAGAAGUAGAAAAUCUCAGAGAAGACGUUGAUGACACAGAAGGAGAACCACCUGGAAACUUUGGAACCGCGCAGUAGGAUCACCAAAGUCAAAGAUGGCCAGGAUGGGUGCGGAGGGGCUGGGGAGAGUGUCUGCGGCCGUGAGGACGCCGCGUCCGGCUGAGCCAGGCCUAGGAGCGGUCCCCGGGCGGGCAGCACAGGCCUCCUCCCGCCCGCGCACCCUCUGGGUGGUGCCCAACCCUCCAAGCUGGGCUGGCGCUGCUGGAUGCGAAUUCCCACCUACUUAGAGGGAAUACUUAACGAGGUCGCCCGGACAAUGGAGGCGGAGCGGGGUGCAGCCCGUGGGAGGCAUGUUUUCUGCCCUGUCUCUCACUGGGAGGGUGUGGACACCCUGAGUCUUCAUGGCCUGGGGUGAUUCUGUGGCGCUUACGGGAACCUCCGCGGGUGACAAGCUGCCGUAGAGGUACACGCUCACGCUUGUUCCGACGCCCACUGGCUGGUUUUGACUCGGUCCUGUGGUUGCACACAGUUGGCCCUCGGGGUGCACGGGGUCUCUGCUAUCUCUGCAGCCCCCGGGUGCGCGGGGUCUCUUCUAUCUCCACAGCUUCCUGCAUGUCUACCGUUAUGGCCAAAUGAAAAGAAGAACAGUAAAGGGGGUUCGGGGGCACCCUCACGCACAAUCGGGGAGCCCUUCCCGACCUGGAGGCCGGAAGUGAGGGCUUGUGGACUAGAACCUUCGAUUCAGACCCUUGCCUCCUGCUCAGGUGACGUCACAGAGCCUCAGGCACCCCGCCCACCACCUGGGGGUGCAUCCAUCAAGCCACCCCCUGGGGACUGUGCUUGUUGGGAAGCAGUUGCUCAACCUCGCGGACAAGGCCUCCGCCGCGGCGACAUCCAUCCCAGGGCGGCGGGUGCACGUGAACACCAGGGCUGAGGACGCGUGGAGGGGCUGCCGGCUGGGGUGUAGCCAUCGGGGCAGUCUGUGUCCACACCCCUCGGCUCCCCAUGUCUUCCUCACAACUCCCAGCCUUCCUGUGGGACAAGGGCACCCUCGCCACCGCCAUAGCGGACCCCGCCUACCUGGUGAAGGUCCUCUUCUUCUCUACGCUCUUGAUGACACUCGUCGCUCUCCUCAUCCUGGUCUGGAAAGUCACCAAAGACAAAGGCUCCGCGGUCAGAGCGCGAGACCCACGGAAGGUGGGGACCCCGCUGGCAUGAAGACGCAGGGGCUCUGCCGUGGGCACCCCUGAGGGCCCGCCCAGAGGCUCAGAGGGUGGGGGGGAGCCCGCGCCCCCGAGCCCCCGCCUCCCUCGCCCUCCGCCGCCGCGGCCUCCGGUGAGGCGGCGCGUCCCCUGGUCCCCUAUCCGGGCCGUUCCCGGGUCCUCUCUCUGUGGAUCUCCCAGACGGAAGCCGUAAAUGGCUCUGGGUUUCUGCAUGAACAGAGGAAAGGGGAGCACGGAGGGCCACACACGGAUGGCGAGGCCCGGGUCCCGUGUCAGCGGGGCGGGCUUACCUCGGGACGGGCGGGAGCCCCCGGGGCGCCCACGGCUCACGGCCCGGCUCCAGGAGAUCCUCGGGCUCCGACAGCUCGCCCCCCCCCCCCGAGUCCUGGGGUAAGCAGCCCCCACGCGUUGCCUGGCCCUCCAAUAAAAGGGUGCCGCCCCUCGACGAGUGACUUGAGGCACCCGGUACCCCUCUCUCCUGCCCGCCCCCAGCCGCAGGGUUGGCGGACUCCGGGAACGUCCUGUUCUAACCUAGUGACUCCGUCCUAAGCGGCGAUUCCCGAGCGUCCAGCGAACUGACCCGCUUCGCAAGUGGCGUCCGAGUUCAAGGGCCUGUGCUCUGGAAACGCGCAGUCUCCCUCGGGCUUGGGUCGCCCCCAGGGGCAUUUGGCCAUUUGCCCGGAAGGAAUCAGCAGUGUUUUGGGGAAAUGCCUCCGUGUCCAACCCCACUGUUAAGGCCCCCCCCCCAAGAGCCCUGCUGUCACUUAGAACCCUGGAGCCGUGUCCCGGGUCUCCGACCGUCUUCUUCCCCUGGAAUCGGGCUGCGAAUCUGCAUCUGGACCGUGGCUCGGCCACGAGGUCCCACCUUCACCCGUAGAGGUUUAGGAGCCUGGUCACCUGGUGCUGAGGGCAGGCCCGUCCCAGCGCCAGACCCAAGGGGGGCCCACCCGGGUCAGCGGGGCUCCCAGCUGCCCGCUCCGCUGUCUCAGGAGACGUGGCUUGUUCCAUGGUCCAUGAGCUUCAGCAGGGACGGAGCACGGCGAGUCGGCGAGGCGCCCGGAGGCCUCAGGGCGGAGCAGGAUGUGCCCGUCUCUCCUCUGCACGUGGGUCCCUUUCUCUGAGGCCGCUGGCAUCGUCUCCCGCCACUACCGCACCCCGUCUCCGUCCAGCAUGCCAGCUUGGGAGGCAGAGGGUGGGGUGGGGCCUUGCCCUGAGUGCACACAGCUUCCACGCGUGGCUCAGGAGGAGGGCUCCGCGGGGGCCCGAGCACGCCGUGGGGUCGGCCGCAAGGUCCUCGCCACCCCGACCUUCGCCGACCCGUCUCCCGCCCUGCAGAGCCUGCGGUCAGCCGUCAGAUGCUUGCAGAGCAUGUGCCAUGGACCAGGCUGAGUCCCGGGCAGCGGGGCUGCAAGGGGAAGGGGCCCCAUCUUCCCAGUGCACCGAGACCCAGACGUCGGGGAGGCGGUCACACGCGGGGAUGCUGGUUACAAACCCAGACGAGCGCUCCAGCCUUACGGGGGGCCUGUGGGGUGUGAGUGUGGAGCUGGCCACGGGCCGGGCGCCAGGUGUGCGCGGGAGGCUGCGCGGAGGCCGACCCUCCGGAGCGAGGCCAGCACCGCGGGGCCCGUCAGGGGCGGAGUUGGCUGUGUCCACGGAGG